AUGGCCGAGAAUGGGCUCUCGGGUCGAUGUGGCCUUGUGGUGGAGAAUCCCCAAGAUCCUCAAGAGUAUGUGGAUGACGGGAAGGAGUAUCCAUCAUUCUGGGAGUGGGAGGAGACAGUAGGAUUCCUCCAACGCCACCAGGACAUGUUCCAGAUCAGAGUGGAUCAGGGAGAGCUAGAUGGGAUCACUUCGAGUGGAUCUGGAAAAGAGAUUCAGUCGGAUCUGAAGGAGAGGCUGAAGCAGACGGUCACGUGGUCAACAUGGGCUCCGGGUCUUAUGGCUGCUCUCAAGGUCGUGAUUCCCAAGGGCACCGAUCUGGGCGUCUCCAAGCGCAGAAAAGUGAAGUACGCCUUGAUCGCGACCAUUCCAGUGCCUCAGUGGCCAAUUCUGGGGGAGACAGAGAUCUCGCCGAAAGACCCAAAGGUAGAUUCAGAGGCUGAUUCUGAGGAGGCUCCAAAGGGGGGAGACGAAGCUCCUCCAGGGGAGGAACAGCCUGAAGCUGUAGUUCCACCCGUGGAAGAGGAAGCGGAUGAACUGCUGCUGGAUCCAGAGCCGAAGGAUCUGAUCCCAGAAGCCGACGCCAAGAAGCGAAAUCGGGCUUGGGAGGACUAUGUGAAAAAGGAAGUCCACGAAAUCUCAAAGGAGGUGGAUCAUGAAUUGGAAGCUCUGCUGGAUCUUCAGCCAGCGGCUGCUGCCGCUGAGGAGAGUGAUGGGUAUGAACCGUCUGUCCUGGAUGAUUCCGAGAAGGUUCCACCCGACUUGGAUGAAGAGAUGCCAGCUCUUAGAGUUGUGCGAGCUGGGGGGGAGUCUUUGCCGACUGGAACCCAAUGCAUAGAUCGGGGGGAGAUCGAGACGUUGCAGAUUGGAACCCAACUCACAGGUUGGGGGGGAGAUCAAAAAGGUGGAUAUCCCAGAGUAUAUGUGCAGGAAAUUAGGUUUCAGCACAUGAACCUCAGAAAAUUGUUGCAGGAACAGGUGAAUUCUGUGGCAGGAACUGAGGCGGAAGGAACAGCACAGGGAUACGUGGUAGGACACGUUGCUGGCCAAGUGGAAUGGCUGGAACAUGACUUGAUCCAUUACUCAGCGAUGGAGGAAGAAAUGGAGAAAUCGCAAGCCUUAGCCGAAGCCGAAAGGGCUAGGGAGUUCAGGAUGGCCGCCUUGGCAGCACCUGAUCAAUCCCAAGGGGACCAGCGGCAUCAGGAAGGAUGCAAACCACCCACAGUGCUCCAGACGUAUACGGUGCCUCUGGCGGCAGUCAAGCAGAAUCUUGACGACUGGGUGGGUCCCAUCAAAGCGGAAUAUCACCAAAGUGACCGAGAGCGGUGCCGUAAAACCUGUGCACGGAUUGUGAUCUGUGGAAACCUGGUGACGAAGGCUCAUGAGGAUGAUGGCAACAAGACUCAGGCGACUCCAGUGACGGCAGCGGACUUGUACGCUGGAGGAGCUGAUGCAACCGCCAUUCGAUGCAUGGUCAGAAAGACCGCCAUGAUGGAUGAGUGGGACAUGGGAGUCCUAGAUAUCAAGGGCGCGUUCUUGCUUGCCCCACGCCGAAGGGAGCAGGAGUGCCUGAUGAUGACCAUCCCACCGAAGCUGCUGGUGCAGGCUGGGAUCUGUCCGCCGGAAGAGCGGUGGGUGAUCCAAAAGGCGAUGUACGGCCUGGAGACCAGUCCGGCCGACUGGAGUAGCUUCCGCGACCAAAGGGUCAAGAAAUUUGAGUGGAGCUCAAACGGUAGGUCUUUCUGGAUGCGUCAAACGGUCGAACCAAAUGUCUGGCAACUCGUGUCGAGCGAGGAGCCAGGAAGAGCGGACUCGGAUGAACGGGUAGAAGGUUUUUGUACCUUCUAUGUAGACGAUGUCUUGGUCUGUGGGCCACCGGAGGUCAUCAAGGGGUGUUUGGACAGGGUGAGCCAAGAGUGGAGCUGCUCUCAAGCAGAGUAUCUCUCAGAGAAAGGUACGCUACGUUUCUGUGGAAUGGAGUCGAAGCUGAACCCUAAGGGCGGCAUCCUCUUGUCCCAGGAAUCGUACACGAGCGACCUUCUGGAGAGGUAUCCCGAUGUGAAGGAAUCGCUGGUUCCGAUUGGAAGGGUGGAAGACGGUGAAGAAUCGCCACCAGAUCCCUCGGACAUAAGAAAAGCGCAGACUCUCGUUGGUGAGCUCUUGUGGCUAAGUACAAAAACUAGGCCUGACGUGGCAUAUGCGGUGAACUGGCUUGGAUCACGGGCAUCAAAGUGUCCAAGGAAGGUGUGCCAGGCAGGAAUGCAAACCUUGGGGUAUCUGAAGCGCACCUUGGGGCACGGGUUGCUUUAUACAAAGUGCCAGGAGGCCGAUCGAGGGCCUGAUGGGAAACUGGCGUUCUGCAGGGAUGCCAACACCUUAGAGGUUCAUUCGGAUGCAUCGCUCGGUGAUUCCGUUGCUGUUUUGGUAGACAUCUUCGAGGAGGUGUGGAAGGUGAAGCACAUGGCUGGUGUGGAACUUGCGGCAGAUUUCCUGACGAAGCCGAUCACGGUGGGAACUACAUGGUCGAGAUUCCGGAGGUUUGCAGGGCUUUGCGACAUGGCCGAGCCGGAGGACCUGGAGAUCUUGAAGAAGAUUGGGAUUUGUAGGGAAUGGGCUCUGAAAGGGCUGACUGCGUUGCGCGCGGGAGCCAUGGAUGCUGCGCCAGCCACUGCCGCGGCUGGUGGAGCUGGUGGUGAUGGUGGAGCCAAGGAAGGCCAACAACCAGAGCAGGAAGGCGAGGACGCCGAGAUGGAGAAGCCGGAGGACACGAAACACAACAUCUGGUUUGACGGCCAGCAGGAGUCGGCCUUACGCCACGAAGCUAUGAAGGCCAGGCAGGCCAGGCAGGCAGCUCGCAGAGAGUAUACUGAAGGGAAACCAGAGAAGCCUGAAGAAGAAACUGAGGUAGCUGCAGACCAUGAGGAAUGGCCGAGCUGGGAAGCUGUCCCAGUGGAAGUGUCAGACGAAGAAGCUGACCCGGGACAGGCCUUGCCUCAUGAGGAGCUGGAGCUGACGGAAGCCAAUGCAGCAGCACAGGGCGCGGUGCCAGAACCAAAGUACCCGCCAAGGGCGAACCCACCAGAGCCAAUGCCAGUGCCGAAGCCAAGCCCAGUGGUGGAGGACACAUCGCGUAGCGUGGCAUCUACGACGCCGGGAACUUCGUCUACGACAGCAGAUGCUGCUUCUGGCUCCGCAGCUGCACCGGCUGGCUACUUCAACAGUCAGGGUGAUCGAGUUCCUCGCCAACGCAUCAACCAAAAUGGUGACCUUGAAGUUUACCGUGAAGAUGGUUUGGUGGAGGUCUUUCCGAACGCUGAGGCUGACCAACAGGAAGAUGGGCAGGAUGACCAGCCUGGAGACAGAAAUCCUCCUGGUGGUGAUGGUCCUCCUGAUCGAGACCCUCCUGGUGAUGGAGGUGGAGCUUCAGGUCAUCAAGGCCCUUCUGGAGGUGAUUCUUCUGAUGAGAACUGGGGGUCUCAGUGGACUCCGAAAGGGAAGGUUGCACCAGAGCCAGAGGGUGAGCCGGGGGUCAAAGCUAUGAGGAUGCCGAGCUCUACUACCAGACCGUGGGGGAAUGUGGAGUUUGCGGCACCACCUCCGCCUGGAGGAAAAGAUCGGUGGAUUGCGGAUCAGGUCUUGGAUGGAUGGCUAAUUCGUUGUCACCGAGAGCCUCACAAGAGAUACUUCCACCCCGUGCACAAGGCUGCACCACUAGCGGCUGAUAACCUGGAGGUGGAUCGAGUGACGAUUGGCUUUGUGACCGAGCCCAAGGAGAAGUUCAUCUACCAGGACCGCUGGACUGAUCCUGUGAGGGAUCAUGGAAGUGGCCAGUGGACAGGAUGGACCUUUUUCAAGGUGAAGAAGCGUGAUGGGCUCAGUGCUGGGAGCGACCUUGGAGCACCACAUGAUCGUGGAGCGCUUCAACCUGGAGGUCGUGAACUACCUGGCGCUGAAGGAGCUCAUCGAGUUUUGCUUUCCGAAAUGCAAGGUUCGGAAACCCUUGGAAGCGUUGUGCCAAGCGCUGCAGUGGCGAAGUCCUAUGCUCCGCUACCAACUUCGAGGGCACCAAGGGCUAAGUCAAGGUGGCAGACUUCAGCUGUGGAAAGGGCUCAGCCGAUCCUUUCUGAUCUCCGACGACGAGAUGGUGGACUAUCUCCUGGAGAAGAGGAACUGAGCGAGCGCAGCUGGAGUGAAAUCAUAGAGGAUGUCUAA